UGCUAGCAAAACUGAAAGUAUAAUUAAUCAUGAAGAAAUUAUCUCACUUGUAUUUUCCCCUUGGACUCUUCUUGCUAGGUUCUCUCUUAUCUUGCUUAGCCAUGGCCGCCCCCAACAUUACCUCGGAUCAAUCAGCCCUUCUCUCAUUGAAAGCCAAAAUCACUGGGGAUCCUCACGAAAUCUUGGCAAGCAACUGGUCGGCUACUUCCUCAGUUUGUGACUGGAGAGGAGUCACUUGCGGCUCCCGCCACCGCAGAGUCACUGCCUUGAAUAUCUCCAACUUGGGCCUUACCGGCACCAUUCCUCCACAACUGGGCAAUCUCUCAUUUCUCAUGUCCCUCGAUAUGAGCAGGAACAACUUUUACGGAGAACUUCCCAAUGAAUUGAUUCGUCUGUCCAGGUUACGAGUCCUUAGUUUAGGCAUUAACAUGCUUAGCGGAAAUAUUCCCUCUUGGGUUGGUUCCUUCCAACAACUCCGACAAUUUUCUCUAAAGAACAAUAGCUUUACAGGCUUUAUCCCACCUUCUAUCUCCAACAUGUCAAAGCUAGAGACGUUCAAUCUGCAGUUUAAUUCUCUACAAGGAGCAAUACCAAUGGAGAUUGGGAAAUUAAAAAAGUUGAAGCAAAUUCUCCUCGACUUUAAUCAGCUUUCCGGUUUUCUGCCACUGGGGAUGUUCAAUAUUUCCUCACUGGAAGUUAUUGCUCUUCAAAAUAAUAGCUUAUCUGGCAGUCUUCCAUCCAGCAUAUGUCCCCGUCUUCAAGGACUCACAUGGCUAGACCUUGGCUUCAACAAAUUAAGUGGUGUGAUACCACCAUCGUUAUCGGAGUGUUCGAAGCUUCAGGUACUGAGGUUGUUUGCCAACAACUUUAGUGGAGUGAUUCCGGAAGGAUUUGGGAACUUGACGGCGCUAGUGGAACUAUUUCUUCGGGACAACAAUUUGAUUGGAGUGAUACCGGAAGGAUUUGGGAACUUGACGGCGCUCAAGCGACUACAUCUUCGCCGGAACAAUUUGAUUGGUAGUAUUCCGCAAGAGCUUGGCAACCUAAAGCUUCUUGAAGAACUUCUUUUGGGCUUCAAUAGCCUAACUGGAUCCAUACCAGCCCAAAUAUUCAACAUCUCAACACUGCAAGUACUGGCCCUAUCGAACAGUACGCUUUCUGGAAGACUUCCACGCUCCAUGGGUUAUGGAUUAAUCAACCUCGAAGGACUUUAUCUCAAUAUGAACGAGUGUGAUGGAGUAAUACCAGCCUCAAUCUCAAAUGCAUCUAAAUUAACUGUGUUGGCCUUGAAUUCAAACAGAUUUAGUGGUCCAAUUCCAAACUCUCUUGGGGACCUAAGACUUCUAAAACGGCUGAUUCUCUAUGAAAAUCAUUUGACAACUGAACCGUCAUCAAGAGAAUUGGGUUUUAUCAAUUACUUGACAAAUUGUAAGCAUCUAGAACACUUAUCAUUUGGUGACAAUCCAUUGCAUGGUUUUCUUCCGGUAUCGGUAGGGAAUCUCUCAACAUCUAUGGAGAAAUUCUAUGCCUAUUAUUGUAGAAUCAAGGGAAGCAUUCCCGAUGCAUUUGGGAAUUUGAGCAAUCUAUUGACUUUGAGUCUACAUGGAAAUCAAUUGAGUGGACCCCUUCCCAUCGGAGUGAAACACUUGCAAAAACUCCAAGGUUUAAGUUUGACAUCCAAUCAACUGAGUGGUUCAAUUCCAAAUAGUCUUUGCGAGUUAAAGAGCUUAUACAAAUUGUAUCUGACAUCAAAUCAGCUUCGUGGGUCAAUACCAUCAUGCUUAAGCAAUGUUAGUUCGCUGAGAGAAGUUUUCUUUGAUGGAAACUUCUUUAACUCAAGCAUUCCUACUAGCUUGUGGAACCUCACUGACCUCUUGUAUUUGGAUUUGUCCUCUAAUUUACUGGGUGGCUCACUACCUCAAGAAGUUCAAAAUUUGAAGGCAAUAACACUAUUGGGUCUGUCAAGAAAUCAUCUUAGUGGGAAUGUUCCAAGUUCCAUUGGAGGUUUGCAAAGUCUAGCCAACCUUUCUUUAGCACAAAAUAAGUUUGAGGGACCUAUUCCAGACUCACUCGGUCAUAUUACAAGCUUGGAGGUUUUGGACCUAUCCAAUAAUAAUCUAUCAGGUCCAAUCCCAAAGUCCUUGGAGGUACUCUCAUAUCUCACUCAUCUUAAUCUUUCUUUCAACCACUUAAGAGGAGAAAUUCCCUCUGGUGGUCCUUUUGAGAACUUCACAUACGAAUCGUUCAUGUAUAAUGAUGAAUUGUGUGGCGCCCAAAGAUUUCAUGUUCCUCCAUGUUGGGGUCACAAAAAAGUAUUUCACAUGUUAGGCAUUAUAUUGAGUAUAACAGCAGCAGUAAUUGCUGUUGCAACUGUUGCAAUUUUACUUUUAAGAUGCCAAAGGAAGAAUGAGGUUUCAAGAAAUGCUGAUUUGUUGCCCAUGGGACUGGCGAGAAGGAUUUCAUAUUAUGAACUUGUCCAAGCAACCAAUGACUAUGAUGAAAGUAAUUUACUUGGCAAAGGAAGUUUUGGAUCUGUAUACAAAGGUACUUUAACAGAUGGGACAGUUGUUGCUGUGAAAGUUUUCACUUUCCUCUUAGAAGUCACUUCUAGGAGUUUUGAUACGGAAUGUGAAGUUCUACGCAACCUUCGCCACAGAAACCUGAUCAAAGUGAUUGGUAGUUGCUCUAACCUAGACUUCAAAGCCUUAGUGCUUGAAUAUAUGCCCAAUGGGAGCCUUGAGAAAUGGUUAUAUUCCCACAACCAUUGCUUGGAUUUAGUGCAAAGAAUAAGCAUGAUGGCGGAUGUUGCUUCGGCAUUGGAAUAUCUCCAUUUUGGCUAUGUAACACCAGUGGUUCAUUGUGAUUUGAAGCCUAGUAACAUAUUGCUUGACGAACAUAUGGUUGCGCAUGUAAGUGAUUUUGGUAUUGCAAGAUUCUUGGAUGAGAGAAACAGUGUUAUGCAUACCAAGACCCUUGCAACACUUGGAUAUAUGGCACCAGAGUUUGGACUUGAAGGCCUAGUGUCAACAAGAAUUGAUGUGUAUAGUUUUGGCAUAAUUUUGAUGGAAACAUUUUCAAGAAUGAAGCCUAGUGAUGAGAUAUUCAAAGAAGAUUUGACCCUGAAGAAUUGGAUAGAAGAAUCUGUACCUAAUGCAACAGUUCAGGUUAUAGAUGGCAACUUACUCAGGCAACAAGAUAAGCAUUUCAAUGAGAAAUUGGAGUGUGUUUCAAUGAUCUUCAAAUUAGCUCUAAGUUGCUGCACCGAAUGCCCACAAGAUCGGAUCAAUAUGAAAGAAGUUGUGGCAGCACUUAAGAAGAUAAAACGUCAACUUGACUCUUUAUUGGAUACCUGAAGAUGGAAACGCCAAUGUGAAAGAAGUUGCCUGGGCUGAUAUUUGCUCCACCAACACCAAAAAAAUAGGGGUUUAUGGGUGCAGAAAUUGGCUGGCAAUUUGAUUUGUGAAGUUUUAUGGGAUAACAUAGUUCCAACAAGAGGAUUAGUGCUACUCUUCUGCCAGUAUUCAAGACUUUAAAGCUCUCAACUUGCAAACUUGUAGUGUUUAAUCCACAAAUGCAAUUGUCCAAGGGUGAAUUCAUUUUCUGUCUCACUCUUUUUUUUUUUUUUUUCGUUUAGACGUUGUUUGGGAAUUUCUGAAAACCAAAUAGUAUUAUUUUUUGUAGAAAAAUACAAAAUCUAUACAAUGUCUAAUCGCACUCCUGCUUGGGGUUCUC